UUAGAACUGAAAAAUGAGCAAAAAUAAAUCUCAAAUCUUAUAUAUCGAAAGAAUCAUUAAGUUUCAUUAAUAUUUGCGCGAAUGUUAAUCGAGUUAGAUGAAAACUCUCUCUACAAUAAAUUUCUUUAGAACUUUACUAAAGAAGAGAAAUUGGGAGAAGGAACGUAUGGUAUUGUUACAAGAGCAUAUGAUAAAAGAAGAGGAAAAUAAGUAGCUUUAAAGAAACUUAAACUUGAUAAUUGUGAUGAUGAAGGAGUUCCUAGUACUACAAUUAGAGAAAUAGCAAUACUAUAAAAGUUAAAACAUCCAAAUAUCAUAAGGUAAUUAUAAUAUAAUAUAUAAGUUUACUUGAAGUAAAAUACUUUAUGGAAGAAAAGAAAAUAUUUCUUAUUUUUGAUUCUAUGUAAUGUGAUCUAAGAAAAUAUUUGGAUAGGAAUUCAUAAUUAAGUCUAAAUAAGAUAAAACCUAUAAUUUACUAAAUUCUUUUAGGAUUAUCUUAUUGUCACAGUAGAAGAGUAUUACAUAGAGAUCUUAAACCACAAAAUAUAUUACUAAAUGAAUUGAUGACAAUUAAAUUAGCAGAUUUUGGUCUUUCUAGAGUAUUUCCAUUUCCGAUGCCUAAAUUUACAAAAGAAAUAGCAACUCUAUGGUAUAGAGCUCCUGAACUUAUGCUUGGUGAUGAUAAUUAUGGCACUGGAGUUGAUAUAUGGGCUGUCGGUUGUAUUAUGGCUGAAUGUCUAACAGGAAAACCACUCUUACCAGGUGAUAGUUAAGUUGAUAUGUUAUUUAAAAUGAUGGAGGUACUUAUUUAUUUUUAUUCUUUUUAAGUUACUUGGAACUCCUAAUGAUUCUACAUAUAUUGGAUUAUCCAAACUUCCUCAUUUUAAAAUUACUUUUCCUAAAUUUAAAGGCAAAGAUCUUACAUAAGUCAUUCCACUAUUAAAAAAUGAAAACAAAGCAUUAGAAGUCUUAUAGUCUAUGCUUUAAUUCAAUCCAGGUAAAAGACCACAAGCAAAAGAGUUAUUAAAGAAUCAAUGGUUUGAUGAUAUUAGAAAUAAUUAUUGA